CGAACGGCGCCACCCCCAGCCCCGAGCUGGCCCGCCAGACGGAGCAGCUGCAGGCCAUGCUGAACAACCUGGACCGGAGCCGCAAGGACGUGCUGGCCCGGGCGCAGGAGCUGCUGGGCCGCUGUGAGACGCUGCGGGAUUUCCUGCUGGAGGAGCUGGCCGAGUGGAAGGACCGGCAGCGGAGGGCCUGCAUCGGGGCAGCCUGCGACACCAGCCUGAGCCGCCUGGAGACCUGGUUCACGGGGGCGGCCGAGGUGCUGUUCCAGCUCUGGCGUCUCCUGCGGGCCCUGUGCGACCAGCACAUCAAGCUCACCUACCAGCAUGACCCGCUGACAACGCAGCGACCCCUGCUGGAGAGCCGGCUGCAGGAGCAGCUCUCCUGCCUCUUGCGGAG